CCCGCCCACCCCCGGUAAACACCGUGUCCGGAAGUAGCCCAGCUUUUAGCAACUUUUUGCACUCCUCGAAUGUUGCGGGUCUGGGCCAGGGCAGCACCAAUGAGCCGGAGCGAUCCAGGUCCGGACGUGUGCGGUUCUGCCGGUGCUGCUCGCCCCAUGUGGCCGUUAGCCUGUUAGCCUGCUAGCUCGUCCCAGGGAACUUCCAUUCAGACUUGAAACAACAUGUCCCGAGGAGACGUCCGAGGACAGUUUUUGUACGAGCUGCCGGCUCCGGUUCACUUGGAGUUCUGCCGGGUCAUGGAUGGCCUGUCAGACUUGGACUGGACCCGCUUCGCCUCUGAGGUCCUGCAAGACCAACUCAGCGUGCGAUUGGCUGAGAGGAAAGAGAGGCGGACCGACUAUGUGAUGAGCCAUUGGAUGAACAGGAAUGGCCUCGUUGGGGACCUGCUGGACCUGCUGGAGCAUCUCCAGCUUCUCCGCCCCAGAGACAUCAUCCUUGGCUGGGCGUCCAGCUUGUCACCACCGGCUCCUGUUGCUCCUCCAGCUGCUCCUUUUCGGCCUCCUGAUGCCUUCUGUGCCUUUGACCCGCCCCCCAAAUUCGUGGUGGCCCCGCCCACACUGACCACUCACGUGAUCGGCAAUAAAGUAGAUAAAGGAGGAGGAGGGACCCUACCCAGACCUGACCCACCUCCUUUCAGUUUACAGUCCGAAAGACCUGGAUCCCCCCAGAUGUUGCCUCUCCAGGCCCCUCCUGUGGCAGCGAUCGGCGACGGCGGCUGCGGUGUGAUGCGCUGGUCGUAUGAAGAGGUGCAUGCUGGGACGGAGGGCUUCUCUCCUGCCUUGCAGGUCGGCGAGGGCGGCUUUGGAAACGUGUACAGAGCGUCCAUGAGGAACACCGACUGUGCAGUCAAGCGGCUCAAAGAGGACUGUCUCCUGGACUUUGCCGUGCUGAAGGAGAGCUUCGACACUGAAGUGGAAAAACUCUCCAAGUAUAGACACCGGAACAUUGUGGACCUGCUGGGUUUCUGUGAGGGACCAGGAGGUUUUUGUCUCAUCUACAGCUACAUGGAGAACCGAUCCCUGGAGGACCAGCUGCAUAAUGUGUCUGGCGCCCUCCCCUGGUCCGAGAGGGUCCGCGUUGUUGUCGAAGCGUCAGCAGCGCUGCAGUUCCUCCACUUCCCACCAGAGGGACACAGCGCCGUCAUCCAUGGAGACGUCAAAAGCUCCAACAUCCUGUUGGACCGCCACAUGGUGGCCAAGCUGGCGGACUUCGGUUUGGCCCGUUUCGUCCCUCAGCGCCCGGCGUCCAAGACCACGACGCUGGGCCGCACGUCCACGCUGAGAGGCACGCAGGCGUACCUGCCUGUGGAAUACGUGAGGAACGGAAAGCUGGGGACCACGGUGGACGUCUACAGCUUCGGAGUGGUGCUGCUGGAGGUCCUGACUGGUCGGCGAGCUCUGGUGAAUGACACGUAUCUGAAAGACCUGGUCCAGGACAUCCAGGGGGAUCAGGUUGUUUUUUCUGAAUCGGCUUGGAGACAACAACUGGACAGGCGGCUUAUCACAGGGGACGCCACAGAGCCGGUCGGCAGCAUGCAGAUGGCGGCGCUGGCCUGCGUGUGUCUGGACAGGUCGUGGAGGAAGAGGCCGGACAUGAAGCAAGUGCUUGACAAACUUCAGGACAUCCACAAGCUGGUGGGCAAGAGCGACCGCCCGUGUCCCCCGCCCUCGUCAGACUCCAGUGUGGAGGUUCUGAGCCAGCAGUUGUCCAGUCUGGGACCACUGGAGGACACCUACAAGCCACUCUCCUCCCUGCCUCCCCCUCCGUCCUCUUUCUCCUCCUCGUUUGAAGGUCCGUGUGAAACUGACGAGAGUCGAGGCUUCUCUCAAUACCACCUGUUUGCCUCCAAAACGUUGUCCACGCCCACCAGAGACCAGAAACACAGUCAAAGCCAGUCCUUGUUUGGAAAGCCUUCUCAGGACAAUGUCCGUCCAGGACCCAGCCUUCAGCCCAGUAGCCCUCAGAUAGGGGUGGUACCGGGACCAGGUUCUAUAGAGCAGACCGGAACAGAAUGCUACUCUCCCGCGGGGUCGCUCCAGUCAGUGAGUCAACAGUCCUCAGGUCGCUUUCCCCCAAACGGUGCGCAGCCUGGCAAGGCGUCCAGGUGUCCGGAGGAGAGCGACGAGCUGGAUUUUCUUGCCGACAGCUGAUGAGUAGACCUGAUGGACAUGUACAAAACCCAAAAGCAGUGAAGUUGGCACGUUGAGUAAAUGGUAAAUAAAAACAGAAUACAAUGAUUUGCAAAUCCUUUUCAACUUAUAUUCAAUUGAAUAGACUGCAAAGACAAGAUACUUAAUGUUCACACUGAGAAACUUAUUUGGCAAAUAAUCAUGAACUUAAAAUUUAAUGGAAGCAACACAUUGCAAAAAAGUUAUCACAGGGGCAUUUUUACCACUGUGUUACAUGGCCUUUCCUUUUAACAACACUCAGUAAACGAUUGGGAACUGAGGAGACACAUUUUUGGAGUGGAAUUAUUUACCAUUCUUGCUUGAUGUACAGCUUAAGUUGUUCAACAGUCUCCCUUCUGCUAUUUUAGGCUUCAUAUUUUCAAUGGGAGACAGGUCUGGACUACAGGCAGGCCAGUCUAGUACCCGCACUCUUUUACUAUGAAGCCACGCUGUUGUAACACGUGGCUUGGCAUUGUCUUGCUGAAAUAAGCAGGGGCGUCCAUGAUAACGUUGCUUGGAUGGCAACAUAUGUUGCUCCAAAACCUGUAUGUACCUUUCAGCAUUAAUGGUGCCUUUACAGAUGUGUAAGUUACCCAUGUCUUGGGCACUAAUACACCCCCAUACCAUCACAGAUGCUGGCUUUUACACUUUGCGCCUAAAACAGUCUGGAUGGUUAUUUUUCUCUUUGGUCCGGAGGACACAACGUCCAUAGUUUCCAAAAACAAUUUGGACUCGUCAGACCACAGAACUUGCAUCAGUCCAUCUUAGAUGAGCUCAGGCCCAGCAAAGCGUUUCUGGGUGUUGUUGAUAAAUGGCUUUCACUUUGCAUAGUAGAGUUUUAACUUGCACUUACAGAUGUAGCGACCAACUGUUGUUACUGACAGUGGGUUUCUGAAGUGUUCCUGAGCCCAUGUGGUGAUAUCCUUUACACACUGAUGUCGCUUUUUGAUGCAGUGCCGCCUGAGGGAUUGAAAGUCACGGGCUUGCCGCUUACGUGCAGUGUCUUCUCCAGAUUCUCUGAACCUUUUGAUGAUAUUACGGACCGUAGAUGGGGAAAUCCCUAAAUUCCUUGCAACAGCUCGUUGAAAAAUGUUGUUCUUAAACUGUUGGACAAUUUGCUCAGGCAUUUGUUGACAAAGUGGUGACCCCUCGCCCCAUCCUGAGCAUUUCAUGGAAGCUGCUUUUAUACCCAAUCAUGGCACCCACCUGUUCCCAAUUAGCCCGUUCACCUGUGGGAUGUUCCAAAUAAGUGUUUGAUGAGCAUUACUCAACUCUCUCAGUCUUUUUUGCCACUUGUGCCAGCUUUUUUGAAACAUGUUGCAGGCAUCAAAUUCCAAAUGAGCUAAUUUUUACAAAAAAUAAAGUUUUCCAGUUGGAACGUUAUGUAUCUUGUCUUUGCAGUCUAUUCAAUUGAAUAUAAGUUGAAAAGGAUUUACAAAUCAUUGCAUUCUGUUUUUAUUUACCAUUUACACAACGUGACAACUUCACUGUUUUUGGGUUUUGUAUGUAUAGGGACCAAAACCGAACCGGAUUAGGUACUACACCAUGACCUCACAAUGGUCUCACUUCCUGUCUCUUUUCCAGAAAACUGAUUAUUUAGGAUCAUACUGAUUGACACUGAAUAAUAAUUCCCAGUUUUGACGGACUAAGGUGCUGGAAUGCCAAAACCGUUUUAAAUUGUUGUGUUCUACUAUUUUCAGUGCAAACUUUAUUUCUAACACAAUUUUUCGUUACAGACAAUAUUUAGUUUAUAUAAUAAUAAAGCUUAUCUUUUCCAGUUUUUCCAUUUGGUUUUAUGCUGAAAAGGUGAUUUUAUUAACAACUGAAGUAGUGAAGUGAGCUGCAGUGAUGGCCUGUAACCACCAGGUGUCACUGUGGAGCAGGACAAUGAAAACUAGUCAGUCGCUGUAAUAUUGAGAAUCCAAACAAUGACUUCAGGUUGUCUUUUAAUAAGUUGAUAGUUUGGAUUCUCCGAGGGACUAAAAAUGGGCAAAACUGCUCUACUUUUGCCGAUUAUUUUUACUUGAAAUUAUUUUGUCUGUUCUUGUAGACAAUUUUAGGAAAAAAAUAUAAAACUUUCAUCUAACAACAAACCAAUACGACAAUGUAACACUAUCAACAAAAUAAUACAGUUAUUACAAAAUAAACAGUGCAAAAACUAUUAGUGUCUCUUAUUCAAAUCCUUAGUUUAUAAACAUUAUAUAAUUACAACCAUUUGAACAACAACAACAAAAAAUCUCAUCCAGUUAGUACCGACUCGAUACUGGCGUUGUGGUGGUAUCGAUAUUAUCGGUGUUGGCUCGAUCCGCCCACCCAAUCGAAAACUUUUGUAAAAAUGCUAAAUCAUUGAGCUAAUAAUUACAAAUGUAUUUCAAAAGGAGGGGGAUAAUAAAUAUACACUUAUUGCCAGUUUUCAGUCUAGUUUAGUAGUGUUUGAAUAAAAAGAGUCUAGUGAUAUUCUACAAGUUUUUUUUUUGUUUUUUUGAACAACAAACAUACAUUUAUAAUUCACACAUAUGUCAAGGCACUUUCAACAUCAAGGAGAGAAAUCUAAAGUGAAUACAGAUAGAGUAUUAAAUAUUAAUUAAAGCUGCAAGCAGCGAUGGACGGGACCGACUUUGAGGGCUCAUAAAAUCCAAACCGGAGCAGUAAUUACAACUCUUUCAUCAACUUUUAAUCAGAAGGGUUCAAUCUCUCUCCUGUGCUAAUUUGAAGCCGACACGACAAACGCGCUCAGAGGAGAUAAUGUUUGAAAAAAGGUGACUGCUUUUCUACAACUUUUGUUUUGAAGGGGGAAUUGCAAACUUCCUGUUGAUUUUUGCUGGGGGUUGUCAGUGUAUGAAAUAUAGGUCUAAGUGAGACCUACAUAGAGGUUUCAUGUCUCUACGACAUUCCUACUGGGAGUUACAGGCAGUUUUGUCUGUUUUCUUCCUAGGGGGCGCUAGAGCGAAAUUUUGAGUUUUGGGUUUGUUUGUUUUUUAUUAGAUCGCAAUAUUCGCCAGUCCUGAUGUGUGUGUCCAAUUUGGUGAGUUUUGAAGCAUGUUAAGGGGGUCAAAUUACAGCUCAAAGAGGUGGAGGUAUAAUAAUAAAAUGCUAGAAAUACAAUAGGGUCUUCUGUCCCAAAGGGACUCGGUCCCUAAUAAAUAACUAGAUGAGGCAAUACCUGGCUACCGUGCCGAGUUUUACACAGCACAGACACGAAGUAACGGCACAUUAUUUGCAGAUUCUUAUUCUUGAUUUGCAAAAAAUAUUUUUUGGACCAAUUAGGUGAAUAAUAAUUUCAUAAUGAUUCAUUAAUAAUUUCAUAAUAAUUUCAAAUGCAUAAUUUCCCACGGCACACCAGACAAAAUCUCACGGCACAGUGGUUGAAAAACACUAAUGUAUAAAAA